UGUACAGGUCCAGGUGCAGCAGCGGCGACUGCUCUCCAGGACGGGCCGGCUCUCCCCCCGCUGCCCCCCCGGGCGUCGGGCAGGGCUGCGGGGGAGGCUCGGCCGGCGGCUCCACCAUGGCUCGGCCUGCGGGGCAGAGAGCGGCGGCGGCUGCAGAGGGGAGUGACAGAGGGGCUUUGGUGGGUGCCUGGAAUCCAGCCAGCAUCAACCUACUACAGAAGUCCACCAUGGGAGGGAAGGAGUGGGCAGAUGUGUGCAGGAGGUUCUAGGUGUGUGAAUCAACCUAUCAUCACCGAAUCGUCAGUUUAAUCUGCCUAACUUGACAACUGUUGAAUGCCAGCCUGUGUCAAUACCAGGGGUGGUGUGAAGCAGCCUCUGCAGUGAUUUCCAGCAGCCAUACUCAAGUAUAGCUGGAGCAGGACUUGGAGGUGGAGGCUGUGGCAGUGUUGCUAGAGACCAGGGAAGGACCAAGGUGCUCCUGAUCAACCAGAUCUUUCAGAAAUUUUUAAAAAGGAAACCUUGGUGGGUGAAAGAUGUGCCAUGGAAUGGUAGCAUCAAAGAGCAACACAGGAUCAUCUCUUGCCUUGACUGGCCAUGGGUUAUUUCGUCUGCUAGUUAUCUUUGGUUCCUUUAUCUUGGAAGCACAGUCCACAGGUUGGCUAAGCAAAUCCAAAGGACCUGCAUAUUGUCCCCAGCCACCACAACCUGAGAAUGGAGGCUAUAAAUGCCACCCUAGCCCCUGCAACAACCCUCUGACUUCAGGCAGUGUCAUAGAGUAUCUGUGUGUUGAAGGCUACAUGCUGAAAGGAGAUUAUAAAUACUUGACAUGCAAGAAUGGAGAGUGGAACCCAGCCAUGGAAGUCAGCUGCAGACUCAGCCCAGAAAAGGACUCUCCUCCCACAAUUGGAGUGCCCACGCUGUCCAUAGUAGCCUCCACAGCGAGCUCCGUCGCCCUGAUUCUGCUGUUGGUUGUGCUGUUUGUUUUGCUGCAGCCAAAGCUGAAGUCGUUCCAUCACAGCAGGCGGGACCAAGGUGUGUCUGGAGAUCAGGUCUCUAUUAUGGUGGAUGGUGUCCAAGUGGCUUUGCCAUCCUAUGAAGAAGCAGUAUAUGGCAGCACAGGGAAUUGCAUUCCACCCUCAGACUCCCGAGUGCAGAUUGUGCUGUCAGAGGGAGCUGGACAGAAUGGACCCAGAGAGAUACAGCAGCCGGACCAGGGCCCUCGCAAUACCUUUGAAAGAGAAGAUGAAGCCCCUGGACAUUCUGGACUGUGUGAAGCCAGUGGCUCUCAGCGCUCUGAAACUGUUCUUGUGCAUCAGGCUGCUACCUCUUCCUGGGUAGCUGGCAUGGCUAGCAGUAGACCUGUACACAAAGAGGCCCAAGAUUCAGAAAGCAGUGACAUACAGAGCCUUUUAUCACUCACUUCCUCUGAGGAAUACACAGAUGAUAUUCCCUUAUUGAAGGAAGCAUGAGGUCUGCUGUGUUUGUCUAGUUUUCUCCAUCUUGGAUUUCUUCCUCUUCUCUCCCUGCCUUUGGGACAGAAGCACUCUGUGCAGUCUUCCCCAUCCUCGCAAGCUGUACCCUGGAUACCUCCAAGAAGAGAUGCCCUCAGCUGAAGAUCCAAAGGAUGUUGCCAGGUUGCCUCCUGGAUGCACCAGUGGAGUUGGUGCAGCACUGGCUUCCCCAUUCCAUCAGCAUCAGGGGCUCAAGGAACAGAGUGGAUUUGAGCUCUCCUCUUCCCCAGCCAGAUGUUUGACAGCAGUCUCUGAUGAGCUGCUCUUUUCUCGUGCCUUUCUCCUCCUCACACCGGCUUGUUGCAGCUUAUCAGCCUUUCUAGCCCUUCUGCGGCCCAGAGAGCAGGAGCUCAACCUGCUUGCUCUCUGGGUGCAGACAUAGUUUAAAUAUACACAUAUAUGUUAUAUAGGCUCUUCUUCCAGCAUCCUCUUUGUGAUAGGGCAGGACAAAAUGCCUCACUAGUGCUGACAUUGGGCUUGGGAGGGCUCGCAGUUAAGGGGCAGCUUGUGGUGUCUAGAAGCACCUCAGAUGAGAUGGGCUGUGUGACAGCUUAGCCCUGCAGGAGCAGUUCACUGAGAAUUGCUUAAACACUGAAGGAUGAGAAGUACAACAUGUAGGAAUGCCCUCUGUCUCAUCUCUGCAGGAGUCCAUUCCUGAAAAUCACUUUUGUCUCCUCCUUCUUCCUCUACCAGUGCAGCCCACUGGAAAAGGUUCAGGUGUUUGAAAAUACCAAGACAAAAAAAUGCCUGUAGGUAGUGAAUUCCUAGUGCCAUUGGUGCAAUCCCUAAUUCCUUUUCCAGCCAUAGUAGGUACUUGAGUCCUGGGUAGCUGCCAUCACAUAGGCUGGUGCGUCUUCCUCGCUUCAUUCAGCAAAGGCUCUGCUGCUCUAACCUGGUGGGCUCCAGUGGCCCACAGAGAAGGGCUCCUCCCUUGUGGCUGGGGGUGAGCAGCUUUUGUAAAGCUUCUCCUAACCACGCUGCCAGCCUGUUGCUGUGAGGGAAAGUCAAGUACACUGACAGCAGUGCUAGAGGACACCACAGCUCAAUGCUGAAGUUUUGAGGAUUGUUUCAAGUUCUGAUAGGAGGGAAGAGAAAAUUCAGAAAUAAGUGUGCCUCUGCCUGCCACAGGUCAGAUUGUCUGUGUUGGGACUCUAUAACUGCAGGAAGCCACAUUUGUCUGGGGUAGACAGUCCAAGUCCAGGUGCUGUGGUGGUUGUAAGGUUGCUCACUGAGGUCUGGACACUGUUCCAUGGGAUUGGUUUCAGCAAGAAGAGUUGGCUUCUUAGAUGCAUGUACCUUGUCGUAACUGUCUUGAAGUAACCAGGGAAGUGUUUGCCCUGUGAGAAGCUGCUACAUUUUUGAGUUGAAGGAGCAAAAUGUCAUGGCCUUACACAUCAUGUGGUAAUGUACAGGUAAACAGGGAUGCUGUCUUUGCUGCUUUGCUUUUGGUUUGCAGUCCUCACCAUCCUUAUCCUCGUUGCUACAGUAGAAAAACAUUACAGCACUUGACAACAAUGAUAAACAUCUUUAUGUAUAAAAUCACUGUGGCUUAGCUCCAGUUCUUUGAAAUGGGUAUUGGCCAUAGUGCCCAGCUGUGUAUUUGCUAUUCCUUUUCCUGAAUAGCUGUUAAAUCCCAGGACACAUGGGACAGUGUGUGCCUGUGGAUGGAAGAAUCCUUUUUUCCCCUAUCCUUGUUAUAGAGGGAUGUUAAUUUAAAAUUAAAGUGUUUUAAACAUCCUUCCCUGUUGCUCAUGUUACCUUGCAUUAACACAGGAAUUUGAUAAAUCCCAUUUGGGUGGUUUAGGUAUUUUUUUUUAAGUUUGGAUAGUGAAAAUCUUGUGUCAUUUUACAGUGGGCUGUGGUGUCUCAGCUUCAAGAGCUGUAGAGGACAAAUGUUGUUUACACAUCUGCCAUUGGAAUUUUUAAAAAUAAGCAUAGGGACAAUUGUAUUUAGCUUUUUGACUGUUGGAAAUAAGCUUGAGUAAAUUCUCCUUCAUUGGUUUAUUGGAGGGGUUGAGCAAGUGUAGUGGUAAGGGAGUGGGGAGGAAAGUCUGUGUGACUUUCCUGCUUCCUAAACAGCAUAGAGCAGGAGUUGCUUUUUAUGCAUUUAAGGUCCUGUCUGCUCAAACUGACCCUCUGCAAACCAAGGUAUAGAAGUUGGGAAUGUGUUGCCUUCCUGAAAGGGGUAAUGCUGGUUCUGGGUUUGUGGGAGAAGCUGGAAGCUGAUCCCAAGGCCUAACCUUGUGCUGGACAAGCACCUGCACCACCAUCCUCUGUGGCCUGGCCUCCUCUCUGCUGUUGUAAAACAAACAACUGCCAGCUUGGAAGAGAAAAUUCGGUUUGAGUGGGGAAGAAAAGGAAGCAAUCUCUCCAAAGAGGGAGUACUUUAAUUUCACAGAAACCCACACAGAAUUAAGUAGGCUGGAAAAGACCUUUAAGACCAUCAAGUCCAACCUGUGACUGAGCACCACUUUGUCAACUAGACCAUGGCAUUGAGUGCCACCUCCAGGGAUGGUGACUCCACCACCUCCCUAGGCAGCCCAUCCCAAUGCCCAGUCACUCUUUCUGUGAAGAAUUUCUUCCUAAUGUCCAGCCUGAACUUCCCCUGGCACAGCUUAAGACUUUACCUGAGAUUGGAAACUGACCCCCCACCUGGCUACACCCUCUUUUCAGGGAGUUGUGAACAGUUUUAAAGUGUCUUUGAGCCUUCUCUUCUCCAGGCUGCACAACCCCAGCUUCCUCAGCCUCCUCGUAGAAUUUGUGGUCCAGACUCUUCACCAGCCUUGUUGCUCUUACUUGGAUGCAUUUGAGCAUCUCAAUGUCCUUCCUAAAUUGGGGGGCCCAGAACAGGACACAGCACUCAAAGUGGGGCCUCACUUUGCCAAGUGCAGGGGGACAAUCCCUGCCCUGGUCCUGCUGCCAAUUGCUCCUGCUACAGGCCAGGAUGCCAUUGGGUACAUGCUGGCUGCAUGUUCAGGCUGACAUCAGUCAGUGAACCCAGGUCCUUUUCUGCCUGGCAGCUGUCCAGCAGCUCUUCCCCCAGCCUGUAGCACUGCAGGGCGUUGUUGUGGCCAAAGUGCAGGACCUGGCACUUGGUCUUGUUAAAGCUUAUAUCAUUUGAUUCUAUAGAAAUUGUUGGAAAUGGCUUUACUAAUGAGUUGGGGAAAUGCAGAGGUGCAGGAGGAAAAUAUGCAAGUGUAGCUAUUGUGAUCAAGCAUAAACAGGCAGCUUCUGUUGGCUUCUUGAGGGUGAGCCAGCAGCUUCCAGGCCAGUCUCUGUGCUGGCUGGUAAUCCCAUCUGAUUAUUCCAGAUCCUGCAGAAGAGCUCUGUUCCCUGCAGCAAAUCUUCUGGGAACAGGCCCCAAGGAUCUGUGUGAGCCAGAAUAUGGAACACAGUUUGGAGGCUCACACUGCUCAUCUACAUCCUCAGUUAAUUUGUGUAUAAAAUGAGGUGAAACAGCAGGGGAGGAACUCAAAAGACAUCUGACAACUUUUUCAAGGGGGAGGUAGAGCAAGGCCUCACUUUACUGGUUAUCAAAUGGUUAUUAUUCAUUCAUAUUUGUUUUAAUUCUGCAGAGGCUGAAGGACUGAGAAGUCUUUGGGUAGAGAUACAGGAAAACCUACUUUGCACAGUCCUAUCUUCACUUAGGGGAGGAUGGCUGAAGCCUAAAGAUUGCUCAGAUGUGAGCUGUGCUCUGCCUCAGAAGUGUUCAUUAUCUCUGAGCUGAGUGUGUUCUCUCUGGAUUUUGCCAUAAGUAGGUGCAGCCUGGAUCUCAGUGUUGUGGAUAGGAAGCACAGAGGCUCAGCCUUGUGAGAUGUAGUACAGUAAAUGGGUUUUUCCUUUUUUUUUUUUUUCCCUGAUGGAGCCACAGUCUCCAUACCUUUUCUUCCACCACUUAUGUCUGGCAAAGGAUUUCAAAGGGAGGCAUUCUUUCUUAUUAAACACUCCCAACAUAAUCAUCUCAUGCUUUGUCAUAUGUGCUGGAUCCUGUGAUAUUCAAGAACAUUAACAUUAUUUAAUUAUGCUGAGAAAAAUAAAAAUAGCACUUAUUUUAAAAUUUUCAAUUAUUUUUGGAGUCUGAUAGUUGUGGGGGGGAAAGGGCAUUUCAGAAAUUCAGGAUAUUAUGUGCAAUAGAAAAACUUCCUUGCUCCUUUACAGUUCUGCAGUUCUUUUAGAAAAUAAAUGCAACUCAUUGCAGUGUUUACAGCCCAAGCAUUGUAGAACUGGACCAGCCUGAGAGAACCAGGAUGUGAAGUUGGCAGUGACCCAUGGGGAAGUGGCCAGCCUCUCAUCAGGUCUGCAUCAUGAAGCUCCCCUCAAAUGAUGAGCCAGCUGAUGUGUCAGAGCCUCCUGCAGCCUUGAAGGGAGUCAGCAGCACUGGUGAGAUAGGGGUUUGUGUGUUCUUGUUUUAAAUAGCUUGUGCCUCCCCACCAUUAACUGCAGAAGAUGUAAAAAUUAAGUCAGGAGAGAUGCACCUGAAGCGUGUGAGCCUUUGGAGUUGUUGCUGUGUUCAUGAGUUUGGGAGGGAGAAGAGCUUAAUGCAUUUUUAUCCUUAACCACCAGGGAAGUUGCUGGGUAGCAGAAUGUUACUCAGCAAGCAGAGUGCUUUUCACCCCUUGGACAUCUCUGCUGAGGUUUCUCCUUGGCCUUUCAGCUCUGGCAUGGUGAAUUGUUUACUGCAUCUGGAGUCUUAAUUUAGCCUUUCAGUGUGUGGAGAACUUGGGUGUGUUAGGAAGAAAUAUGUUCCACAUGCUUUGGGAAGAAACAUCCCAAGGUACUCCAAGAGGUGGAUGGCUUGGGUCAAUACUGAGCAGUGGGGCUAAGACAGCAACUGGCUCAGCCGUUGGAAAUAAUCUGGGAUGGUUAGGUCAUUUGCAGCACAGAAAGGGAACACAAGGACUUGUCUAAGGAAGAGCAGAAAACAGAGAUUUACUACAGGCUAAUGAGCUAAUGCAAUCAUGACCAGGUUGUAAGGAAGCUUGUGCUUUGUUAGAUGAUUUAGCAUACACCAGCAGGCUUGCUGUAUAAAAAAAAAUUAAUGUACAACUGCUUGGACACACUGAGCUGUCCUUGCUGACCUUUUUAGAACAUACUUGCAAAAAAAGUGGUUUUACUGUUCUGAUAGCAGUUUAAACAAAAGAAAUCUGCCUUGUUACUCUAUCCAGAUAUCUAUUUAAAUAAAUUCACUUUGGUUUUUUGUAUAUAAAUGCAAUAAAUCCCAUUCAUUUUGCACAUCCUGCCUCACCCCGUCCUCACCCUUCAGUCCUUACCAGGGAACAGCAGAUUGAAUUUGCUCUAUGUGAAAACCUUUGCUUGCAGAAUAACUUCAUUAGAAAAUGGCUUUUCUCUGCUAUAGGUUUUAAAAGUGCAAAGCGGUUUCCUAGAGCAGGCUUCAUUUUGAGGUGUAUUUUUAUACAAGAGGUAAGCCUUUUUCCAGUCCUAGCACACCAGGACAGAACAUGCCACUUCCCACACUUCAGGGCCCUGCGUUCAGCACUGCUUUCAAACUCAACCCUCUGCAGGUGAUGUUCAGGUCUGGGUACCCACCAGAACAUGUUCUGUUAUGCUCUGCACAUGCUUUCUGUGAGCUAUGCUUUUGCUUCUGUCCUUGAGUGAGAACAGACAGAGGCAACUGAGAUCUGCUGGAAAAUGUUUUAGUUCAGUUCUCAAAGUUGCUUCCUUCCAAAAGAAAACAAAGCAAAGGUGUCUAUGAAGCAGGAGUCCAAUGAUGUGGUGGGUAGACUGCUGGUAGUUGCUGAUCCAAGUGCAAGGGGAGCUUGAUUGCCUUUCUGCUUUAAUAUUUUCUUUCCUAUACGUGUUUUCUUUUUAUCUGAAUUGCACCACUAUGGAAUUAUUUGCAGAAUGGUACUCCAUAUAUAUGUGGGAUUUAAAACCAUAACUGAUGCUGUGCAGGAUGUCACUCAAUCUGUUUUAUUUUGCUUUAUUUUAUAUGUAUUUUCUGGUAUCCUGUACAUUGCAGUGGGUGUGAAAAUAGUAUUUUAAUAUUUGUACAAAGUUUAAUUUAAUUGUUCUAUGUAUAUAACUGCAUUUCUAAAUUAAAAAAAUUCUUUUGAAGUGAA